CCCAAAUGCUCAACAUGACCGAAGAACACGAGAAGACCCUGGAGCCGCCUUGCAGCCCUUCGGGUACUACCAGCUCCAUGUCGCACGUGGAGGACUCGGACUCGGACACUCCGCUGUCCCCGGCUGGCUCCGAGGGCCUGGGCUGCUCAUCUGGGACCGGUCCCCGGCAGGCUGGCGGGGGUGCGGCUCUGGGCUCUAAGGUGGACCCGGGCGAAGUGGACGAUCGCUUCCCCGCGUGCAUCCGCGACGCCGUCUCACAGGUGCUCAAGGGCUACGACUGGAGUCUGGUGCCCAUGCCCGUGCGCGGCAACGGCUCACUCAAGGCUAAGCCUCACGUCAAGCGACCCAUGAACGCCUUCAUGGUGUGGGCACAGGCUGCUCGCAGGAAGCUGGCAGACCAGUACCCGCAUCUGCACAAUGCCGAGCUCAGCAAGACGCUGGGAAAACUGUGGCGCUUAUUGAGUGAAAAUGAGAAACGCCCUUUUGUAGAAGAAGCUGAGAGGCUAAGGGUCCAGCAUAAGAAGGAUCACCCGGAUUAUAAGUACCAACCUCGGAGAAGAAAAAGUGUAAAAACUGGACAGAGUGACUCAGAUUCAGGAGCUGAGCUGGGCCACCAUCCAGGGAAUCCCAUGUAUAAGGCCGAUUCAGGCCUCGGAGGCUUGGGAGAUUCCCACCAUCAUAAUGAUCAUACAGGGCAGACACAUGGACCGCCUACUCCACCCACCACACCUAAAACUGACCUACAUCAUGGCAACAAGCAAGAGCUGAAACAUGAAGGGCGCCGCCUGGUGGACAGUGGCCGCCAGAACAUCGACUUCAGCAACGUGGACAUCUCAGAGCUGAGCAGUGAGGUUAUCAAUAACAUGGAAACCUUCGAUGUCCAUGAGUUUGACCAGUACCUGCCCCUCAAUGGCCACUCUGCCAUUCCUGCUGACCCCGGGCCGAACUCAACAGCAGGCUCAUAUGGUGCUUCAUAUUCCCAUUCAGCACCCGGGAGUGGUGGACCCCAAGUAUGGCCUCACAAGAGCCCUUCCUCAGCUUCCUCCUCAUCCCCCAAUGAGCCGGGUCAGCAGAGGCCACACAUUAAAACCGAGCAGCUGAGCCCCAGUCACUACAGCGACCAGUCCCAUGGCUCCCCAACCCACUCUGACUACGGGUCCUACAGUGCCCAGGCCUGCGUGACCACAGCCUCUACAGCUACUGCUGCCAGCUCUUUCUCAAGCUCCCAGUGUGAUUACACUGACCUUCAGAGCUCCAACUACUACAAUCCCUAUUCUGGCUACCCCUCUAGCAUUUACCAGUACCCGUAUUUUCAUUCCUCCCGCCGGCCCUAUGCUACCCCCAUCCUCAAUGGCUUAUCUAUUCCCCCAGCCCACAGCCCCACCAGUAACUGGGACCAGCCUGUCUAUACAACCCUGACAAGGCCUUAGAGGAAAUGCCACCAGGAUGGAGAGAGAGAACUUUACAGAGGAAAAAUUUAAAAAACAAAAACAAAGAAAUCCCCAACGAAAAAGAAAAAAGAAAUCUUUGCGGUCUUCCAAACUAAAUGCACUAUUGAAGGAAAGAGGUAGAGGAAUUCCAUGCCAGUUUUUGAAGUGCCUGCUGAAGUCUGCGGGGAACACUAACUUUUUUUUUUGACUGCAUGUCCUUUUGCUUCUAAAUCUCCAAGCAUCUUUAAAUGGACAGAAUUCUAUUUUCUUGGUUUUUUGUUUUUUUAAAUGACUGCUAAUUCCUUUUAAAUAAAUGAAGGCCAACCAUUUGACUCCUCUGUGAGGACUGACAGGAACAUGUUAAUUUUGUGUUGCAGUGAGUGCAAAAUACAAACAAAUCAGAAGGAAGUUGUAUAAGACUUUAAGGGUCUACUGCAAUCGGAAGUACGGACCAACCUUGAGGACAAGAACUUACUGGGACCAAUGAAUAAAAUUCCAACGAUUCCAUUUUUUUUUUAACAGUCUUGAGGAAAUCCCUAGGAGCAGCUCUGGGGACCAACCAUCUCAGUGUCGGGGGUGUUUGCUUUAGUCAGAGUUCUUCUAAACGAGGUUUGGCUGUAAUUAACAUUUUUUGGGGGGAGCUUAAAAGUGUUUGAUUUUUUUGAAAUCUGUUAAAUAUGUAUUUAUGUUCUGUAUUAUUUUGUCUUUAAUUAAUGAAGUAAUUUGUGCAAAAAAAAAGUAGAAUUAAAAAAAUUAAAGACUGGAGACUUAAAUAGUGGCGAUGGGACAAUAAAAACGGUGUUAUGAGUCUAUUUUAACCACUGCAGCAGUAGUGUCAAAAGGAGUGGAAUGAAUUCUAGGUGGUGUAGACGUCAUGGAAGUAAAAUUGACAUCUGGAUUGGAGUCAGCAAGGGAAUGGGAGUGGUGUGGGAAGGAAGUUCAUUCAGACCGCUGCAAAAAUGACUAAUUAAAUUCAGUAGUACGGUGAGGGGACAGGUCAAGAAAAGGGUAUUGCUUUUGGGAAGGGUCCUUUGUUUUAAUUUGGUCAUGAUGCCACUCACUUUUCAAAGUGUUUAACGAGAUUGGAAGGCAAAGGCAUCUCUGGAUUUGGUAGAUGCAAGUACUGCAGCAUGUGGCUAGAAAUGAAGAAUUUAAUGAGCAGUUCUCCCACGAGGGCUGGAGAUACACUUUAAUUUGGGUUUUUAGGGACCAGAUGUCACCUGUCGAACUGUGAAACUAAAACCUUCUCCACUAAAUUUUUGUAGGUACUUAGGUUUAGACUAAUAUUUCAUUGAUAUGCUUCUAUUUCUUCCAUUGUAUGCUGAGCAUAUAAUAACCACCUACUUUAUGGUAAUGUGUGCCUUUAAAACUUUGUAAAUCUAAAUACAUUUGAGAGGUUAUCUUCUUUUUACUUUUUCUACUUUUCCUACCUUUUUCUAAGAUUAUUUUUUUGCCUAUUUCCUUCUGGGGGGAAAAUGAUCGCAAACUCAUUUUUAUGCAAUCUAUUUUUCUGUGUAAAGUUUGGAAAGACAUUAGCUGUUACUUACCUGCUCUGUUUCACUAGUUUCUGACCAAGCAAUGCUAACUUUUGUACAGAUCAAUUUGAUAAAAUUAAAAAAAAAUGCUUUUUA